AUCUUUUGUAGAAGGCCUAUUGUCUUCAAAAAUGCCAGGUCAGGGGUCAACUCUAAGAAAGUGUGUGGUCUGCCACACAGAAAUAAAUGUGGCCUGCAAAACCUGCAAGGCAUGCAAGGCAAAGCAACCUCAAAAGCUAAGGCUAAAAAAAAAAUUAGAAAAAUUUGAUGAGAAGCGGGAGAGCUGGGUCCAUACCCACCAAAAAAAUCGGACCACCUCCCACAUAGUGGAUGAAGCUUCUAUGCUGCUUGAAAAAUUGCAGGCCCUGGGUGUAAGGGCUGUAAUAGUUUUGUCCAAGCCUGGAAGAAAAGAGAAUGCCUGGGUUUCGGAGGUUUUGGCACCCCGUUGCCAACUGACAGACACUUCUAAAAAGUGUCUUGAAAGAAUGAAGGCACUCUAUGAACUUGUUAUUCAAGGCUGGACCCCGCAAGUUGCUGCAGGACAUUCAUCAUCCCCAGUUGAACCCCCAACUACACCUCAACAGGCCCCACCAACAACACACGUUGCCAUUGCCCGGCCUCAUCCCCCUGCAGCUUCACCUACACCUCAACAGGCCCCACCAACAACACACGUUGCCGUGGCCCGGCCUCAUCACCCUGCAGCUUCACCUACACCUCAACAGGCCCCACCAACAACACACGUUGCCGUGGCCCGGCCUCAUCACCCUGCAGCUUCACCUACACCUCAACAAGCCCCACCAACAACACACGUUGCCGUGGCCCGGCCUCAUCACCCUGCAGCUUCACCUACACCUCAACAGGCCCCACCAACAACACACGUUGCCGUGGCCCGGCCUCAUCACCCUGCAGCUUCACCUACACCUCAACAAGCCCCACCAACAACACACGUUGCCGUUGCCCGGCCUCAUCCCCCUGCAGCUUCACCUACACCUCAACAGGCCCCACCAACAACACACGUUGCCGUUGCCCGGCCUCAUCCCCCUGCAGCUUCACCUACACCUCAACAGGCCCCACCAACAACACACGUUGCCGUUGCCCGGCUUCAUCCCCCUGCAGCUUCACCUACACCUCAACAGGCCCCACCAACAACACACGUUGCCGUGGCCCGGCCUCAUCACCCUGCAGCUUCACCUACACCUCAACAGGCCCCACCAACAACACACGUUGCCGUGGCCCAGCCUCAUCACCCUGCAGCUUCACCUACACCUCAACAAGCCCCACCAACAACACACGUUGCCGUUGCCCGGCCUCAUCACCCUGCAGCUUCACCUAUACCCCCAAAGUCCUUGAUUUUACCAGUAGCCUCCACUGGAGCCUCCCAAGUUUGUCAAGGAAAAGGUGACAGUGUUGAAGGAGGCUGUCCAGCUCCCAGUAGAGUGGUGCCACGUAAAAGAAAAGAAUGCCUACACACACUGACAGGGAGCCAGGAUUUUUACCCUGUGAAGAGGGUUGCCAAAUGCAAAGUUGUUAAGGGCCAAAAAAUGAAGCAGGUCGAGUGGGAGCCAUGCAAACUCUGUGGAAAGAAGUGGCCAUUGGAGUGGGUGGCGGAUGACAACACUUGUUAGUGCUUCCAGUGUAGGUGCCAAUGGUGCCAAUGCCAUUGGUUUGUGGAGAUCUGCUAUGAGUCGUUGAGUUUGCCGUUAGGCGCAGCCAUCCUGGUUGUGGAUGUGAUGAUUUUA